AUGGCAGGCGUAGACACAUUGCGCAACCUGUACAAAGACUGGAGCCCCCUCGCGCGCGCGGUCAUCGAUGCGACGCCGUACACCAAGAUCUACCCUAACACGGCGGCCAAGGAGUUGGACUCGUGGGUCUUGGGGGCUGGUCGGGUUUCUCUGGCAGGGGACGCGGCACACGCGCACGGCGGAGCCUUUGCGGCAGGCGGGAGUCUGGCGAUCGACGACGCAUGGGCAUUUGCGCAGGCCGUCCUACACGUUUUCCCGGAGACGCAGCGAAUCUGCAAGCCCGUGUCCGACGAUGACGUGGCCCGCGCUCUGCGCCUGUACGAGCGGACGCGGAAGGAACACACCGACCGAGUGCAGAGGACGGUUCAGCAGCGGAACGGGGCCCUCGUCAGCCUGAUAGAUCAGAAAGAGACGGACGCGGAGCUGCGGACGAGAAUGCAGAGCCGCAGGGACUUGGUAUGGAUUCACGAGCAUGAUGUGGAACGGGCUUUCUUGCAAGCUGUGGCGGCGGAGACGCAGCGCGAGACUUCAAGGUUGUAGAGGUUGCCUUGCGAUGAGUGAGAGUCCCCCCCUCCCAUGGCCUAGUCGUUAUACCAAACUCCGUACUCCUGCCCUCUCAAGUCGCACAUGUCGCGC